AUGAGCAAGACGAUGAAGAAGUUCUGGAUGGACUCGGACGACAGUCGCUGGCACUCCAAGCACAAGGGCGACUUCAGCACGUCUGACCGUUUGGCUGACCACUUCGUCGGGAAGCUGCGUGAUGUAUGUCGUGAUGAGCAGAGUGAAGUGGCUAUCAUGAUCCGCUUCACGCGCAUCCUGAAGGAGUCGCUGGACUCAUACGAGAGUCAAUCAAACCUCCUCUUGAAGUUGGCGGACACGGGCCGAGUGGUGACGCUACUGCAUCGAUACGUCGACAACGCGCUGGACACACUCGAUUUCCUCGACCCAUCGGAGCGCGAGGAGUGGCACAGCCAGCUACUCGUCGAACGGGAGGAACGGCUCCAAGUUUUCAAGGAAUUUGCCCUGGACAAUGACCAAUUGGUUGCGGCUUUGGGCGAUAAGAAUCAACAACUGGAGAUUGUGACACUGCUGCGCUAUUGCGUGGAAAAAUACCACGACGGCAUCACGCCGUUCGCUGGUAAGAAUGAAAAGUACCGCGACAAGCUGACGACAGGAGAGCUGGAUACGAUAUCUUUAGUAUACGACGUGGCUGUGCAGAAAGCUGGCCUUGUGUCGAGUGAUCUGCCAGAUUGGUUCGUGACGUCUGAGCAUGAGUGGGCCUGGGUGAGCAAGGCUAAACUUGAAGACUGCAAACUUGGGUGGGACGUCAAGGCGAGGGAGAAAGACGCUGAUGACAACGUGAGCGAUGAAGUGCGUGGAGAACUCAACCACCCUCAUCUACGGAAAUUCUAUGGAGCGUCAUACGUUGGCAAGCCUUUUGUUAUCCACGAGUCGUGCUUUCCACCAACGUUCGAGAAGGAUGUGUGGCGCUACAUGGGGAACUGUGCACUUGGUCUGCAGUACGUGCACGAUCGCGGCCUCGUGUACCAUGACGUCUCACCGACGACACUUCGCUGCAGCUACUCGGAGCGCAGAGGUGUGUUGGAUGGACUGGGGUUAGUGCCACGAAGCCGUGUGGGUCGGUUCCAUGUGAUUGGAAACAAGGACAACAAAGACCAAACUGAAGAUCAGGAGUCUGCGGAGAGCUACGAUGUCUUGAGAUUCGGAAUUGCAGUGUUUUUCAUCUUGUUAAAUGGCCGCAACUCAAAUCUACCAGGGGAAACGAGGGACAAAAAAUUUGACACGUGGAAACACAAAACUACGUCGCGUCUACCGGAUGUACAACCGGGUUUUAUUACUGACGAAGAAUGGGAGAUGUUGCAAGGCCUCUGUGCUGAGAACCCCGCCGAUAGAACAAAGCUGGAGGACGUGAGUUUCAAAAUGAAGCUCCUGGAUGGAGAUGGAUCUCAGAGGGAUGUCGACAAAUCCCACAUAGUGGCCGACAUUUCGAACUACGUCAUACAGAGUUUUAACGGGACCAUUUCUGAGCUGCUUGACGAACUGGCCGAAGAUCAUGAAGAGGAAUUCACUCCCGAGGACCGGUCGGUCUUUAAUCGCCUUCAAGACGUGUAUUCGCAUAUGGAAAGAGCUGGAGAACUAUAUGGCGUUCUGGUUGAAGAUUUCAGUCUGCUAGCGUGGGAUUUCUUCAAAAAGUUUGACGAAAACAUGUCGAACAGCAGUGUGUCAAUGCAGAUUGCGUCACAGUCGGUAGCUGGCCAAAACUAUCAUUAUCACCACCAGAUUGACCACCUAGUGCACGAUUCCCCACAGUUGCAAGGCAUGGACACAGUGCAUCACUGGCAGCCUACGCUUUUGAAGAAUCCAUCGACAUUUCUUCAGCAUACGAGUAGACCAGAAGACAUCGCAAUGCUACGGUUUGAGGCACAGACUCGGGCUGGCGCUUAUGCUGCAGAUAUUGUCGACUCGAUGAAUACAGUGCUAAGAGAAGCGCAGCGGCGUGGGAUCGGCGGUUCCGGUAUGAUUCCCAAGUGGUUCAUUCCUAGCUACCAAGUUAAGCUGGAGGAGAACAUUGGAAGUGGAGGGUUUGCUUUGGUGAAUCUGGGCAAGUGGUUUGGGACAGACGUGGUUGUAAAACGACUGAAACCGAUGGCAGUCGACGAGAACCGUCGAAAUCAAUUCCGCCGCGAGGCAGAUUUGUGGUUUGCGUUGAACCAUUCCAACUUAAUCAAGCUGUACGGCGCCUGUUAUGAAGGACCGCAACCGUUCUUCGUCUGUGAGCGUGCAACACGUCAGACCCUCACCGACUACUUACAGCCAGAAAAGGGGAUCGAGCAUCUUCACGACCACAACAUCGUGCAUGGAGACCUCAAAAACGACAACAUCCUCGUGUGCGAGGGAGGAGCAGCAAAGAUUGCAGACUUCGGGCUGAGUGUUCUUGGAACCACACCGAAGUCUAUCGGGGUGCUGACUACGCAAGCUGUACGAUGGAAAGCACCUGAGUGUUUGGAAGGUAACCUGCCCACAUUCGCUUCGGACAUUUACGCGUUUGGGAUGUGCAUCAUCGAAGCAGUGACGGGCGACUUUCCAUGGGGACGAAAUCUGGCGGACCAAGCGGUAACUCGUCUUGUGAAAACUGAAAAGAAGAUUCCUGAUCGCCCAGCAGUUUUUAAAGAUAAGGAGUGGAAUCUCGUCGAGCGCAUGUGCCGCUGGGACCCUCAGAAGCGCAUUGGUAUCGGCUCUGUGAUCAAGAUGCUCGAGGAUAUCGGAGUGUCCAAUCUGAUUGAGGCCGGUGGCAACGUUGGUCCGACUACGGUUACUGCCAAAACCCCGAAUUGA